CCCAUCUAAUCUUGGUUGAAGAGUCUUACUUGGCUAAGAAAGAGAUCAGGCACAAGAAGGUGGUGCUGAGAAAGUUCCAUGAAAACUCAGAAGUCACCGCCUGCAUAUCAAACUUGAAUAACCAGGAGAGAUGUAACUUCGGCAUACUUUCAGCUGCCUUCCUCCUGCCCACACCGCAGGUUUUUCAGGUCCUUGCUUGAGCGUGCACUCACAGGCGUAAAUAAACGUGCUAUCAACAGCCUGCGUCAGCCAACCCAGCUAUUUAAGCGGGCUGGCAUCAGCAAACUCAGCUUCCAAAUCCAGGGCUUGUCUUUGCCACUGCCACGCGCGCCGAGACCAUGUCGGCGGAGACCGCGAGCGGCCCCACCGAGGACCAGGUGGAGAUCCUGGAAUACAACUUCAACAAGGUCAACAAGCACCCGGACCCAACCACGCUGUGUCUCAUCGCGGCCGAGGCCGGCCUUUCCGAGGAGGAGACCCAGAAAUGGUUUAAGCAGCGCCUGGCUCAGUGGCGGCGGUCGGAAGGCCUACCCUCAGAGUGCAGAUCCGUGACAGACUAAGGAGAUGGUGGGCACCAGCAGCUUCCCUCCAUGAAGACCAUCCGCUGUUUUUCUCCUCAGCUUAACCAAGCUUUUUUGGUUUUUCAGUGUAGUGCUGUGUGUUCCAUUGUUAGCUGUCCUGCUAUUUAACACAAUGUUGUAUUUUUUAAAUGUACAUAACUAGAAAAGAAAAUAACAAUAGGAAGCUAUAUGUAGCUUCUGUGUAAAGAAGUGUCUUGGCUGGAAAGUGGUGGGGCUUGCAUUUCCCUUUGGGUGUUGAUGAUGGAUGGUGUGAAAAUCAUCUGGUUUGCUUCCGACCAUCACCUCCCAGUACCAAUUUAUUUUUGCCAUCCAUUUCAGAGUAGGCAAGGCCUCUGUUGAAAAGAUAACAUGACCAAGGAGGGGGAGCAUUUCCUUCCAAUUCUACUUUCCUAAGUGGUUUUCCUUAUGUUGCAUUUAAUACAUUGAAAUUAAGUGAGAAUACAGAGGGAGAUUUGAGUCAUUUGGAUUUCAUAAAGCACUUCCUUGGAUUAUAGCUGCAUUAACUUGGAAAGAACCCAGUUAGGCUGGAAGACAGAAACUCCACCUGGCAGAAGAUCAAGUAAGAAAAAAAUCCACAAAAGUCUUGAAUUUACCUUAUUUAAAUGCAUUUGUUAAAUGUAUUUUACUAAACAAAAUGAACUGCUUUUUGUCUCUGAAAUGAUAUUCUAAAUAAAAGCCUUUUUGUUGAAAAUGCAUUGAGUCCUCUC